AAUAAAACGAUUUUUCAAAUUUAUCGGACGUUCCUGUAAAAAUCUACGAUAAAGUUCAUUGAAAGAAAGUCCUUCGCGAUUGCGCAGGACUCUCGCGAUAGAUAACGAGAAAUUUUCGCACCCCCUCUCGCGCUUAUAUAUACGACCAAGAUGAUCUGCGAAAGUUCGUAUUAUUCGAUCGUUCCUCGUUUCACCAUAAACUCUCAUAUUUCUCUAUCUGCUCCUAUCUAUCUAUCUAUCUAUCUAUCUACAUAUUUACAAAGUUCUGUGCUAACUUUUUCUAUGCAAGAAAAAAGACCGUCGGUCUUAAGUUAAAUACAAAAAUAAUUUGAAAAAUUUUAUUAUCCACCGAGUGAUUUUAAAAUCAAAGUGAUCUAUAUUAAUCACAUGUGUGUUUGUGUUUAUAUGUGUCUGUGCGUUAAGACAAUGUACCCUUCAACGUCAAAAUUUGUUUAAAAAAAAAAAAGUGAUACAUUCAACAAACAAAUAAAUAAAAAUCUCUUUAAACGUUUUCUCGAUUAUCAUAGAUUUCCUUUUUUCUUUUUUUUUUUUUUUGUUGAAUUUAAUCAAAGGAUCCGUUCAAAAUGGACAUCGAAGAAUUUCGAAUUCGUGGAAAAGAAAUGGUGGAAUAUAUAUGCGAAUUUAUGAGUAAUAUUCAUAAUCGAAGAGUAACACCAGAUGUUGGUCCUGGAUACUUGAGACCAUUAUUACCUUCUGAAGCACCCCAACAACCUGAAGCAUGGGAAGAUAUCAUGAAAGAUGUUGAAUCUAAAAUCAUGCCAGGAAUCACACACUGGCAACAUCCAAGAUUUCAUGCAUAUUUCCCAGCUGGAAAUUCUUUCCCAUCGAUUCUUGGUGAUAUGCUUUCUGAUGCGAUUGGAUGUAUCGGUUUUUCUUGGGCUGCUAGUCCAGCUUGCACAGAGCUAGAAACAAUAGUUUGUGAUUGGUUCGGUAAAGCCAUUGGUUUGCCAAAUGAUUUUCUAUACUUUAACGAGACUAGCAAAGGUGGAGGUGUCAUACAGGGUUCUGCAUCGGAAUGUAUUUUGGUAUGCAUGUUAGCUGCAAGAGCUCAAGCUAUUGCUAGAUUAAAAGAAUCAUCAGCUCAUACACAUUUGGAUGAAACUGCAUUAUUAGGAAAAUUAAUGGCUUAUUGUAGUCGAGAAAGUCAUAGUUCCGUUGAAAAAGAUGCUAUGAUUUCCUUCGUUAAAUUAAGAAUUCUAGAACCUGAUGAGAAAAGUGUACUUCGUGGCGAAACUUUAAGACAGGCUAUCGAAGCUGACACCGCAGAAGGUUUCGUGCCCUUUUUUGUUUCUACAACCCUUGGCACAACUGCUUGUUGUUCCUUUGAUAAUUUAAAGGAAAUUGGUCCAAUCUGCAAAAAAUAUCCUGGAAUUUGGUUACAUGUAGAUGCAGCAUAUGCAGGGAAUGCUUUUAUCUGUCCAGAAUUAAAAUAUUUGAUGGCUGGCAUUGAAUAUGCAGAUUCAUUUAAUACUAAUACAAAUAAAUUCUUAUUAACCAACUUUGAUUGUUCUUGUCUAUGGGUAAAAGAUAGAUUCAAAUUAACAAGUGCCCUAGUCGUUGAUCCAUUAUAUCUUCAACAUACACACGCUGAUACUGCAAUAGAUUACAGACACUGGAGUAUACCAUUAAGUAGACGAUUUCGUUCAUUAAAAUUAUGGUUUGUUAUGAGAAACUAUGGAAUAUCUGGAUUACAAUCGUACAUUCGCAAUCAUUGCCAACUUGCAAAGAGAUUCGAAGCUUUGGUGAGGAAGGAUUCAAGAUUUGAAAUCUGCAAUGAUGUUGUGUUAGGUCUGGUAUGUUUCCGAGCAAAAGGUUCUGAUAAACUUAAUCAAAAACUUCUAAGUACCAUUAAUGAUUCAGGAAAGAUACACAUGGUACCGGCUCGUGUAAAUCAACGUUAUACGAUUCGUUUUGCUCUUGCUGCACCAAAUGCAUCCGCUCGUGAUGUUGAUCUAGCUUGGUCCAUUAUAACAGACUACUUGGCAGAAUUAUUAGAAUCUAAGGACGUGAUGGACGAGUUAGCUGAUAUUCGCGAGAAGAAAAGGAAAGCUACAUUGGAACAAAGACGAUCUUUUUUCGUUCGCAUGGUGUCUGAUCCAGCUAUACAACCAGGCUUUACCAAAACACCAAACAGAACUGGAGCAAAGCUUGAUACUCAAGCAACAAUCGGCGGUAUUGGAACAAAUACGAACACUGCAACACAUUCGUGGAUAUCUUGGCCAUUAGCAUAUUUGAUGAAUUCAAGAGAUGGAACUGAUACAAAUGAAUUAUCAUUAAGAUUUCGGCAUUUGGAUACAAUGGUAAGAUUGAAAGCAAGUGGUACUGGAAGCAGACGCGGUAGUAGUAAUGGAUGUAGCCCAGAACCAUCACCAACAGCUUCACCAUCUCGUGGAAGAUCACCGAACGGCAGAACGUAAUAAUUAGAACUAUCAUGAUUAGAAAAUCCUGUAAAAACAAUUUCUUUUAACAUUCCCUGUAUUUCGAAAUAUAAAUAAUGACACCGAAGAGAAAAAUAGUUCAAUUAUCGUUAAAUUUCUGUUCGUUCGAAUAUAUCAAUACUGCCGCCUAUAAUACAAAUGCAAAAAUUGUUUCUCAAUGG